UUUAAUUUAUGAACCCAACUAGUCAGCAAAUAAAGAAGACUAGUUGAAAUAAGCUGCUGUGGAUGAAGAGUAUAGUGCCAUUUUUUUUUUCUACUCUAAGCUAUGGAGAAUUUGAGAGACUUCGAAAGAGAUCUGGGGGAGAUGAGAGAGUAUUACAGUCAAGGAAAGACUAAAGAAGCAUCUUGGAGAAAGUCACAGCUCAAAGGGUUGCUUACUCUGCUAAAGGAAAAAGAGGGUGAUAUCCUUAAUGCUCUUAAGCAAGACUUGGGAAAGCAUCAGGUUGAGACUUUUAGAGAUGAGAUAGGAACCUUGAUUAAGACACUGAAUUUGGCAUUGGAAUCUUUGAGCGAAUGGAUGUCAGGAAGAAAGGCUAAACUGCCGCGAAUUGCUUUGCUCACUAGUGCAGAAAUUGUUCCUGAGCCUCUUGGCCUUGUACUCAUUAUUUCAUCUUGGAAUUUUCCCUUUGGGCUGUCCUUGGAACCAAUGAUAGGGGCAUUAGCAGCUGGAAAUACAGUAGUUCUAAAGCCCUCUGAAUUGGCUCCUGCUAGUGCUUCUCUUCUAGCAACUGCACUUUCCACUUACUUAGACAACAAAGCUGUCAAGGUUAUCCAAGGUGGACCAUCUGUAGGUGAACAACUCCUACAGCAGAGAUGGGACAAGAUCUUCUUUACAGGAAGUGCACGUGUUGGAAGGAUUGUCAUGUCUGCAGCUGUGAAGCAUCUAACACCUAUUACUCUAGAGUUGGGUGGAAAAUGCCCUGCUGUUCUUGAUUCCCUUUCUAGUUCUUGGGACAUAAAGGUGGCGGUAAAGCGAAUUGUUUAUGGGAAAUAUGGUUGCUGUGCUGGUCAAGCAUGCAUAGCUAUAGACUACAUCCUUGUUGAAAAGAAAUUUACACGCACUGUGGUGGAGUUGAUGAAGAGCAUGAUCAAGGAAAUGUUUGGAGAAAAUCCAAAAGAAUCACACAGCAUUGCAAGGAUAAUAAAUAAACAACAUCUCUUACGACUUAAGAAUCUUCUUAAGGAUCCACAUGUUGAUGCCUCUACUGUUUAUGGUGGUUCUGUGGAUGAAGAUAACUUGUUCAUUGAGCCAACAAUCUUGGUGGAUCCUCCUCUCCAAGCAGAAAUUAUGACAGAUGAGAUCUUUGGUCCAUUGCUUCCAAUAAUUACACUAGAGAAGAUUGAAGACAGUAUACAAUUCAUAAAUUCAAAGCCUAAAGCACUGGCUAUAUAUUGCUUCACCAAAAAUAAAACACUCCAAAGAAGGAUGAUUUCUGAAACAUCAUCUGGAAGCGUGACAUUCAACGAUACAAUUAUUCAGUAUGCAGCUGAUACCCUCCCAUUUGGAGGAGUUGGUGGAAGUGGAUUUGGUAGGUACCAUGGAAAGUUCUCAUUUGACACAUUCAGCCAUGAGAAAGCCAUUGCAAGGAGAAGUUUCCUUACUGAAUUUUGGUUUAGAUUUCCUCCAUGGAACAAUCACAAGUUUCAACUCUUGGCUUCUGCUUUCAAUUUUGAUUAUCUUGGAUUAGUCCUUGUUAUACUCGGCUUGAAGAGUUAUAGGCAGGGAUUAGGUGACAUAUAGCUACUUUUAUUGGAAGUACAUCGCUCAUUUAAAUGGAAGUGAAAGAGAGAGAGAGAGUGAGAGGAAUCACAUUCAGAUAUACAUUUGAAAGUGUUAUUAUUUAUACUUUAUAGCAUCAAUAACCACUGUAUGCAAAUUGUUGCGCUCUAAAUUUAGCAGAUAAAGCAAUGGGAGCUUUGAGGAUAUGCUUCCCCCUGUGAGUUAGCAAGAAUUUCUUAUGAGGGCUGAAAGUUUGUAUUACUAAUAGAAUACAGUUAUGAUGUUUUUAUAUAUUAGGGGUAUGUUUUAUUGUUUA